GGGGAAUCUCGACUCCUCGGUGGCGGCGGCGGCAGCGGGAGGCGGCGCCCGGACAGACGGGCGGAGGGACUGACGGCCGAACUGCGGGACUGGAGAGGGGAUCUAACGGGCAGCCAGGGCUGAGCCGCUAAAGCAGAAUCCCAGAAAGAGGAGCGGAAAGCGCCGGAGGAUGAACUGCUCCGGGCCCCGUUCGGGCGCGGCCCCGGGGGGCGGAUAGCGGAUCGCGGAGCGGGCCUCCUAGGCGGCUGGGAGACGAGGCGCCGGUGGAGGCGGCGGUGAGGAUCAGGAGCCAGAGGCAGGGCCGGAGCGGGCGCCGGAGCGGGCCUGGAUCUGCCUCAACAUGGAGCAGGAGGCCGGGCCCGGUGCCCCCCAGCGCUCCGUGGGCCCUGGAUCUCCCCGGGCUUUCCCCCUGCUGCCGCUGCUGCUGCUGCUCCUGGGAGCACAGGCUCCCCGGGCCCGGGGCCAGGCGGGCAGCCUGGACCUGCAGAUCGAUGAGGAGCAGCCGGCCGGCACCCUGAUCGGGGACAUCAGUGCGGGGCUGCCCGCCGACACCGCCACCCCCCACAUGUACUUCAUCUCUGCCCAGGAGGGCAGCGGGGUGGGCACGGACCUCGCCAUAGACGAGCAGAGCGGCGUGGUCCGGACUGCCCGGGUUCUGGACCGAGAACGCCGCGAUCACUACCAGUUCACCGCGGUCACUCCGGACGGAGCCACCGUGGAGGUCACGGUGCGCGUUGCUGACAUCAACGACCACGCGCCCGCCUUCCCCAAGGCUCGGGCCAGCCUUCAGGUGCCUGAGCACACAGCCCCCGGUACCCGGUACCCCCUGGAGCCUGCCCACGACGCUGACGCUGGUCGCCUGGGGACCCAAGGCUAUGCCCUGUCUGGGGAAGGGGCCGGCCAGGCCUUCCGACUGGAAACCCGCCCCGGGCCCGAUGGCUCCCCCGUGCCCGAGCUGGUGGUCAGCGGGGAGCUGGACCGGGAGAACCGCUCCCACUACACCCUGCGGCUGGAGGCCUACGACGGCGGCGCACCGCCGAGGCGGGCCCAGGCCUUGCUGGACGUGACCCUGGUGGACAUCAACGACCACGCGCCCGCCUUCAACCAGAGCCGAUACCGGGCCGUGGUGUCCGAGAGCCUCCCCCCCGGCAGCCCCGUGCUGCAGGUCUUCGCCGCCGAUGCCGACGCGGGGGCCAACGGAGCCGUGACCUAUGAAAUCAACCGCCGGCAGAGCGACGGGGACGGCCCCUUCUCCAUCGACGCCCACACGGGCCUCCUGCGGCUCGAGCGGCCCCUGGACUUCGAGCAGCGGCGCGUGCAUGAGCUGGUGGUGCAGGCCCGUGACGGGGGCGCCCACCCCGAGGUGGGCUCAGCUUUCGUCACCGUGCACGUGCGCGACUCCAAUGACAAUCAGCCCACCAUGACCAUCAUCUUCCUCAGCGAGGACGGCUCCCCUCGGGUGUCUGAGGGGGCACAGCCCGGGCAGCUGGUGGCGCGGAUCUCCGUGUCCGACCCCGACGACGGCGAUUACGCCCACGUCAACGUGUCCCUGGAGGGUGGGGACGGCAAGUUUGCCCUGACCACCCAGGACAGUGUCAUCUACCUGGUGUGUGUGGCCCGGAGGCUCGACCGAGAGGAGCAAGACGCCUACGAGCUUCGUGUCACCGCCACGGACGCGGGGACCCCUCCGCUGCGGGCAGAGGCUGCCUUCGUCCUGCACGUCACCGACGUCAAUGACAACGCCCCAGCCUUUGACCGCCUGCUCUACCAGCCCGAGCCCCUCCCGGAGGUGGUGCUCCCCGGCAGCUUUGUGGCCCGGGUCACUGCCCGGGACCCCGACCAGGGCCCCAACGGCAACGUGGCCUACAGUAUCGUGCCCGGGACUCACGCCCAUUGGUUCGCGAUUGAUGCAAGCACGGGAGUGAUCACCACAGCCGCCCCCCUGGACUACGAGCUGGAGCCGCGGCCCCAGCUGACUGUGCUGGCCACUGAUGGCGGACAGCCCGCCUUGUCCUCCACAGCGGUGGUCCACGUGGUCCUGCAAGACGUGAACGACAAUGAACCUGUGUUCAAGAGGACCUUCUACAACGCCUCCCUCCCUGAGGGCACAGCACCCGGCACCUGCUUCCUACAGGUGACCGCUACAGAUGCAGACAGCGGCCCAUUUGGCCUCCUUUCCUACUCUUUGGGAGCUGGGCUUAGCUCCACAGGCCCGCCGCCAUUCCAAAUUGACCCUCAUACUGGAGAGGUGUGCACAUCCCGGAGUCUGGACCGGGAUCAAGGACCGCCCAGCUUCGAUUUCACUGUCACUGCUGUAGAUGGGGGUGGCCUGAAGUCACUUGUGUAUGUAAAGGUGUUUGUGUCCGAUGAGAAUGACAACAGGCCCGAGUUCUACCCAAGGAUAUAUGCAGCCAGUGUGAGCACCCAGAGCCCACCAGGCACAGCUAUACUGAGGGUCAGUGCACAUGACCCUGACCAGGGUCCUCAUGGCACCCUCACCUACCGCAUCCUGGCUGGGAAUAGCCCCCCACUCUUUGCCUUGGACAAGGACUCAGGGCUGGUGUCUGUGGCCUGGCCCUUGACUGGACGAGCUGAUGCUGUGCAGCAACUGGAGAUUGGAGUCCAGGAUGCUGGUGGUCUUCGAGCUGAGCCCAAUGCCCAUGUCAACAUCAGCAUUAUCUCUGGGCCUCUCAUGCCUCCAGUCUUUGAACAAGCACAAUACGUCUUCUCCAUGCUUGAAGAUGUGCCUCCAGGGACCAGUGUGGGCACCAUACGGGCACACCACCCUCCAGGCCGCCCAGGCUCUGUGGCCCUCACACUCUCUGGGGGAGACCCACAGGGCCUCUUCUCCUUGGAUGGGGCAUCAGGAUUGCUACGGACACGGCGCCUGCUGGACAGGGAGCGCUUGGGGCCCGUGCUAGAGCUAGAGGUGCGUGCAGGCACAGGGUCUCCGCCAGCCUUUGCCCUGGCCCGGGUUCGCGUGUUGCUGGAAGAUGUGAACGACAAUGCACCUGCCUUCCCUUCACCCACGGACACUGUGUGGCUGCCCCCAGAUGCUGGUCCGGGCACCCCUGUGUAUACGCUGCGGGCAACUGAUCCCGAUUCUGGUAGCAAUGGCCAUGUCACCUUCACACUGGUGGCUGGGGGGAAAGGAGCCUUUGCCGUGGACCCUGCCACGGGCCACGUACAGCUCGUGAGGCCCCUGGGUGGGCUGGCCCAAGAGUUGGAGCUAGAAGCACGUGAUAGUGGCUCUCCCCCCCUGACCAGCCGCUUCCUGCUUCGAGUAGCUGUGCAAGAAGCAGGGUCCAGGGCUGGUGGGACUGACACUGGGGUUGGGGGUGGGAUCCCCAAGUUUGACCACUCUACUUAUAAUGUGGAGUUGUCUGAAAGUACAGCCCCAGGCACAAAGUUCCUGCAGGUACGGGCACAGGGCCCUAAGGGAGGGCCCCCUAUAUCCUACCACCUACAGUCAGAUGGGGUGGGUACAACCUUUGGUGUGGACUCACGUAGUGGAUGGCUUUGGGUGCGGACAGCACUGGACCGUGAGGCAUGGGAAGUAUACACAUUGCCGGUCCUGGCUGUGGCUGGGGAUGGUCAAGGGAGCCUGACAGGCACAGCCACUGUGAGGGUGAGCAUCCAAGACCGGAAUGACCAUGGGCCCCGUCUCACUGAGGAGCCCACCUUCCUGGCUGUGGCUGAGAACCAGCCACCGGGAACCACCGCAGGCCGCAUUACAGCCACGGAUCGAGACUCGGGCCCCAAUGGACACCUCACUUACCACCUGCUGCAGCCACCGGAUGAGAGUGGGGCCUUCCACAUCCAUCCACAGACAGGGGAAGUGACCACAAGACGCAGUCUAGACCGUGAGCAGCAGAGCAGCUACCAGCUCCUGGUACAAGUGCAAGAUGGAGGUGCUCCUCCACGAAGCACCACAGGCACAGUGCAUGUCAUGGUGCUGGACCUCAAUGAUAACAGCCCCACCUUCCUACAUACCCUGGGGGCAGCUGGUGGUGGGUUUCCGGUGCAGGUAUUGGAAGGCAUUCCCCCAGGAUCCCUUGUCACACGCCUACAGGCAAAGGACCCAGAUGAAGGAGAAAAUGGAACAAUCCUGUACAGCAUGACAGGUCCUGGCUCAGAGCUCUUCUUGCUACACCCUCACUCUGGAGAACUGAGCACAGCUGGACCCCUGAGUCGAUUAGAGAGGCCCCACUAUGUGCUAACAGUGAAUGCUCAGGACCAGGGCAAUCCCCCCAGAAGCACCAGCCUCCAGCUGCUCCUGCAGGUGCUGCCCCGGACCAGAUCCCCGGCAGCCCCUGAUGCCUCGGCAGCCCCCGCAGUGCUGACACUGACAGCAGGAGAGGGGCUCCAGCCAGGCUCCCUGCUGGGAUCGGUGGCAGUUCCAGGGGCCCCCCAAGGCGCACUUACCUACACACUGGUAGGUGGAGGUGACCCUGAGGGCACAUUCGCAUUGGAUGCAGCCACAGGUCAGCUGUACCUGGCCAGGCCUCUGGACUUCGAAGCGGGGCCGGCCUGGAGAGCCCUGACGGUGCGCGCUGAGGAGGUGGGUGGGGGCGCCCCAGCUUACCCUGCCGGGCCUCGGCUGCUGCGUGUGGAGCUGCGUGUGGAGGACGAGAACGAGCACGCACCCACCUUUUCCCGGGACCCACUAACUCUGGCGCUGCCUGAGAACCCGCCUCCAGGCGCUGUGAUCUACACAUUCCAAGCCGCAGAUGCGGACGGGCCUGGCCCAAAUAGUGACGUGCGCUACCGCCUGCUGCGCCAGUCGCCCCCCGUCCCUGCCUUGCGACUGGACCCUCGCACUGGUGCCCUCAGUGCCCCCAGGGGCCUGGACCGGGAGGCCACCCCUGCCCUGCUCUUGCUGGUGGAAGCCACUGAUCAGGCCCGGAACAUCAGCCUGCGGCGCAGCACGCGUGUCUCAGCGAGGGUGUUUGUGACAGACGAGAACGACAAUGUGCCGCUCUUUGUCUCAUCGCCCAGCUCCCUGCUUCCUGAGGACCAGCCAGCUGGUUCUGUGGCCCUCUACGUGGUGGCCCGGGAUCCAGACCUGGGUGAGGCUGCCCGCCUCUCCUACCAGCUGGCAGGUGGCAACAGCGAUGGGCAUUUUCAUCUGCACCCUAGCACUGGUGCCCUGUCUAUCACGCGGCCCCUAGACCGGGAGCAGCGAGCUGAGCACUUGCUGACUGUGGUCGCCGCAGACCACGGGUCGCCGCCCCGAUCAGCCACUCAGUUGCUGACUGUCAGUGUGGUAGAUGUCAAUGAUGAGGCGCCCACCUUCCCACAGGCAGCAUACCAUGUCCAUGUGCCGGAGAACCGUCCACCGGGCACCACUGUGCUCACUUUGCACGCCACCGACCCUGACUUGGGUGUUAAUGGACAAGUGACAUAUGGCGGUGUCUCUGGUGACACAUUCUCCCUGGACCCAAACACCGGGGUGCUCACUACUCGGCAGGUCUUGGACCGAGAAGAGCAGCAAGAAAUCAACCUAACUGUGUAUGCCCAGGACGGGGGCUCACCACCUCUGCUGAGCCACGUGUCCGUGCAUGUGACUGUGGAGGAUGAGAAUGACCAUGCACCGGCCUUUGGGAGCUCCCAUCUCUCCCUGGAGGUUCCCGAGGGCCAGGACCCCCAGACACUGACCGUGCUCAGGGCUUCGGAUCCUGACAUUGGCCCUAAUGGGCAAAUUAACUAUCAAAUUCUGAAUGGUGACGUAUCUGGAGCCUUCAUCCUGGAUGCGGUCUCAGGGACCCUGGGCACAGCACGAUCCUUGGACCGGGAGGCAGAGCCAUCAUUCCAGCUCUUGGUGGCAGCCAGAGAUGGAGGCCAGCCUGCCCUGAGCGCCACUAUGCUGGUGACUGUGGCGGUGCUGGAUGCCAACGAUCACGCCCCCACCUUCACAGCCCCGUCCUACACGGUAGAGGUGCCCGAGGACGCCCCUCCAGGGACGCUGCUGCUGCAGCUGGAAGCACACGAUCCGGACGCGGGGGCCAACGGGCGCGUAGCCUACUACCUGGGGGAGGGCGCGGGCGGCGCCUUCUUGCUGGAGCCCGGCUCGGGAGAGCUGCGCACGGCUGUUCCCCUGGACCGUGAGCGGCAGGCUCGCUAUGGCUUUGUGGUGCAUGCCGUGGACGGAGCCGCAGCCGGGCCCCUCAGUGCCAGCGUGUCUGUCACCAUCACUGUGCGAGAUGUGAAUGACCACGCACCCGCCUUCCCGGCCAGCCCCCUCAGGCUCCGGCUGCGGCCCACACGCACCGCCCUGGGCCAGGGCUCCUCUGGCCCUCACUUCUUAGCCACACUGAGGGCCGAGGACCGGGAUGCUGGCGCCAAUGCCUCCAUCUUGUACCGGCUGGCGGGGCCCGCACCCCCUGGCGCCUCUGUGGACUCAUACACUGGGGAGAUCCGCUUGGCCCGCCCACCCGCCGCCCUGGGCCCCCGGGACCGUGUACUCUUCAUUGUGGCCACUGACCUGGGCCGCCCAGCUCGUUCUGCCACUGGAGUGGUUAUUGUGGGACUACAAGGGGAAGCGGAACGUGGCCCUCGAUUUCCCCGGCCCAGCAGCGAGGCUGCUAUUCCUGAGGAUGCCCCACCAGGGACCCUCAUUAUGUCCCCCCAGGCCACCCAUGCUGGGGGCUCCACAGGCGCUAUCACCUACAGCAUCCUCAGCGGCAACGAGCAUGAUCUUUUCUCCAUUGAACCCAGCACAGGGGCACUCUCAGUGAAGGCAGCAGGGGGACUGGACUUUGAGACGAGCCCAAGACUGCGGCUGGUUUUGCAAGCAGAGAGUGGCGGUUCCUUUGGCUUCACGGUGCUGACGCUGAGCCUCCAGGAUGCUAACGACAAUGCUCCACGAUUUCUGAAGCCCCACUAUGCAGCCUUUGUACCCGAGUCUCGCCCUUUAUCUGGGCCUCUCCUGAAGGUAGAGGCUGAUGACCUGGACCAGGGCCCAGGCGGACAAGUCACUUAUAGCCUGGCUCCAUCUCAUGCCACUCGGGGGCUGUUUCACAUAGACCCAGCUAUGGGUACUAUUACCACUACAGCUAUCCUAGACCGAGAGAUCUGGGCAGAGACUCGCCUGGUGGUGAUGGCCACGGAUAGAGGCUCCCCACCCCUAGUGGGCUCAGCCACACUGACUGUACUAGUCAUUGAUGCCAAUGACAACCGACCAACUAUCCCCCAGCCCUGGGAGAUCCAAGUACCAGAGGAUGCACUGCUAGGCUCAGAGAUUGCUCGGGUGACGGGGAACGACGUGGACUCAGGACCCGCCCUGUGGUAUGUGCUGAACCCGCCUGGGACCCAGGGCCCCUUCAGUGUGGGGCGCUACGGAGGCCGCAUCUCCCUCACAGAGCCCCUUGACUUUGAGCACAUGGAUUGUUAUCAGCUGCACCUGCUGGCCCGGGAUGGGCAGCAUGAGGGCAGCGCCAACCUCACGAUACAGGUAGAGGAUGUCAAUGACAACGUACCCACCUUCUCUCAAAGCCUCUAUCAGGUGACCUUGGCAGAGCACACAACUCCAGGCAGUGCAAUCCUGACCAUCUCUGCCACUGAUCUUGAUUCUGGAGACAAUGGCCGUGUUUCCUACCACCUCGUGUCCAGCGCAGAGGGUUUUGACAUCGACCCCAGCAAUGGGACCCUGUUCAUGAUUCAAGCAGCCUCCCAGAGCCUGGGUGGUUUGGGCACAGUGGACAUGGUGCUGGAAGCACGCGAUCAUGGGGUCCCGAGGAGGACAGCACAGGCCACAGUCCACAUUCAGCUGCAGGAUGAGAACGACUACACUCCCAGCUUUGUGCAGCCCUACUACCACAUCACUGUUGCUGAGGACCUGCCCCCAGGAUCCACAGUUUUAAUCCUGGAAGCUACAGAUGCUGACCAGAGCCGACCGCACGCUACACUGGACUAUGCCAUCAUCAGUGGCAACCGCGGACAGGCCUUCCAACUGGAGAGGCACUUGUCCGAAGGUGGCUCCGGUCCACAGGCCUCGGGAUGUCUGGUGUUGCUUGAGCCGCUGGACUUUGAGAGCGUCACCGAGUACAAUUUGACGGUGUGUGCAGCGGAUAGAGGGAAACCUCCACGAAGCACAAGUGUCCUGGUCGUCAUCACCGUGCAGGACGUCAACGACAACCCACCCGUCUUCGCCCAGCCCCAUUACCGUGUGGCUGUGCCGGAGGACACUCCUGUGGGCACCGAGUUGUUGCGUGUGGCAGCCUCUGAUGCUGAUCCAGGCCCCCACGGUCUGGUUUACUUCACCAUCAGUUCUGGGGACCCCGCACACCUCUUUGAGCUGGAUGAAAGCUCAGGGGCCCUCCGCUUAGCACGACAGCUGGACCGAGAAGCUCAAGCACAGCAUCAACUAGUGGUUGAAGCAGCUGACCCUCCUGGAGCCCACUUUGCCCUGGUGCCUGUCACGGUGGAAGUACAAGACGUCAAUGAGCACGGGCCUGCCUUUCCCCUGCUUACUCUGAGUGCCAGUUUGCCUGAGAACCAGCCUCCAGGAACACUGAUCACCACACUCCAUGCCCUGGAUAAGGACACUGGGGCCUUUGGGCAACUCCACUACACGCUACUAGAACCAGGAUUAGGGCAGGGACUGGGAGCCACCCAUUGGGAUAUGUUUGCUUUGAAUGGCUCAUCAGGUGAACUUCGGGCAAGAGUCCCUUUUGACUAUGAGCAUACCCGCAGCUUCCGGUUGCUUGUGGGUGCAGCAGAUGCAGGGAACCUCUCAGCCUCAGUCACCUUGUCUGUGCUAGUAACUGGUGAAGAUGAGUAUGAUCCUGUCUUCCUAGCACCUUCAUUCCACUUUCAAGUGCCUGAGGGUGCCCGCCGGGGCUACAGUCUAGGCCAUGUGCUGGCCACAGAUGAGGAUGGAGGCGCGGAUGGUGUGGUCCUGUACUCCCUUUCUGCUCCCUCCCCGUAUUUUGGGAUCAACCAGACCACGGGUGCUCUGUACCUACGAGUGGACAGCCAGGCACCAGGUGCAGGGGCCAGCGAAGCCGGGGGAGUAGGCCGGGCGAGGCGGGAGGCACCCCGGGAGUUACAGCUGGAGGUGGUAGCUCGAGGGCCCCUGCCUGGAGCCCGAAGUGCUGCAGUGCCUGUGACUGUGGAUAUCACCCACACAGCGCUAGGCUUAGCCCCUGACCUCAACCUGCUGUUAGUGGGUGCUGUUGCCGCCUCGCUGGGUGUGGUGGUGGUCCUGGCACUAGCAGCCCUGGUGUUGGGGCUAGUACGUGCUCGAGCUCACAAGGCGGAGGCAGCCCCAGGGUCCACUCUUCCACCUGCCCCUCUUAGUACCAGCUCCCUGCAAAAACCAGGCCGAGAGGCCCCUAGUCCCCCACAUUCCGAACACCUUUACCACCAGACAUUGCCUGGAUAUGGUGGGCCUAGCACAGGCGGUCCUUACCCACGUGGUGGCUCCCUGGACCCUUCCCACUCCAGUGGGCGUGGUUCUGCUGAGGCAGCUGAAGAUGACGAGAUACGAAUGAUCAAUGAGUUCCCCAGAGUGGCCAGCGUUGCUUCUUCACUGGCUGCCCGUGGCCCUGAUUCUGGCAUCCAACAAGACGCUGAUGCUGACGGACUGAGCGAUACAUCCUGUGAGCCACCUCCACCUGAUGCCUGGUACAAGAGCCGAAAGGCUGGGCUGCUGCUUCCAGGCCCUGGGCCGGGGCUUUACCGAGAGGAGGGUCCGCCAGCUGCCAGCACCGCUGGGGCCUUCCUAGGAGGCUGUGGCCUGAGCCCCGCCCCUCCUGGAGACUAUGGUUUCCCAGCCGAUGGCAAGCCCUGUGUGGCAGGGGCACUCACAGCCAUUGUGGCGGGAGAAGAGGAGCUCCGGGGCAGCUACAACUGGGACUACCUGCUGAGCUGGUGUCCCCAGUUCCAGCCACUGGCCAGUGUCUUCACUGAGAUUGCUCGGCUCAAGGACGAGGCACGGCCCUGCCCACCUGCACCCCGAAUUGACCCACCACCCCUCAUUACCGCUGUGGCCCACCCUGGGGCCAAGUCUGUACCUCCUAAGCCAGCUAACUCUUCAGGCCCGGGAGUCCGUGGUCCCUUCCUGCCCACCCACCGCUCCCCCAUUAGCCAUGAAGGAUCCCUGUCCUCAGCUGCCAUGUCCCCCAGUUUUUCACCUUCACUAUCACCACUGGCUGCCCGCUCCCCUGUUGUUUCCCCCUUUGGGGUAGCACAAGGACCCUCUGCCUCAGCUCUGAGUGCAGAGCCUGGCCUGGAGGCCCCUGAUGAGGCAGAGCUACAUAUCUAGACUGGAAAGCUCCCAGGGCCCCCUGCAUAAUCAUGAGGACACAGGACGAGCCCACUGGCCUAUCCCCUAGCGGCCUCUCCCCAGUUCCAUCUCCUCCCAUCCCUAGGUUGGGGCAAGAAAUUACUCCAGGGUCCACUGCUUCCCCCUGGUGGGGACAAUAUCUGGCUCCCCAGAGAUACCCCUCCUAGAGCACAAAUUCAGUCACCAUUCCCGACAGAGGGGCCCUAACAGGCCCAGCCUAGAUUCCCCCAGGGCUUGGUAUAUCCCUUGGGGCCCAGGGCCCAGCCUAUAUAUACCCUGCCUACUGGCCCUGGUGUAUCCAACUCUUGAGGCCGGACAUAUACGAAGGCCCAGCUUACAUCCCCUGGACCCCAGGAAUCAGUAUAUGCAUAUCCCAGGUCCCCAGAGUCCAAUCUUUGUUCCCCAGACCUGGCUUAUCAUCUAUCUCCCCCAGAGCCCAAAGUUUACACUAGUAUGUAUACCUUCUUGCCCUCUCUUUUUCUUAGCUCUCCCACCUUCAACCUGAACCCCAACAU